AGAGAGAGGGAGGAAGCAGAGGGAGUGCAGUCCGUCCGUCCAGCACCCAGCAGCAUCAUGGCACCUAUCGGAUUAAAGGCGGUGGUCGGCGAAAAGAUUAUGAACGAUGUGAUCAAGAAGGUCAAGAAGAAGGGAGAAUGGAAGGCGCUGAUCGUGGACCAGCUGAGCAUGAGGAUGUUGUCGUCCUGCUGCAAGAUGACAGACAUCAUGACAGAGGGCAUCACCAUCGUGGAGGACAUCAACAAGAGACGAGAACCUCUGCCCAGUCUGGAGGCCAUUUACCUGAUUACACCCACAGAGAAGUCCGUCCACACCCUCAUCGCAGACUACAAAGAUGCUCAUUCAGCCAAAUACAAGGCGGCCCACGUUUUCUUCACCGACUCCUGCCCCGAUCCGCUGUUCAACGAACUGGUGAAGAGCCGCGCUUCCAAAACCAUCAAGACUCUGACGGAGAUCAACAUCGCCUUCCUGCCCUACGAGUCUCAGGUGUACUCUCUGGACAACCCAGAUGCCUUCCACAGUUUCUACAGCCCCCAUAAGACCCAGCUGAAGAACCCGGUGAUGGAGCGGCUGGCUGAGCAGCUGGCCACGCUCUGCGCCACUCUGAAGGAGUAUCCAGCCGUCAGAUACCGAGGGGAGUACAAGGACAAUGCCACCCUGGCCCAGCUGGUCCAGGACAAACUGGACGCCUACAAGGCUGAUGACCCCACCAUGGGAGAAGGUCCAGAUAAGGCUCGUUCACAGCUGAUCAUCUUGGACAGGGCGUUCGACCCGGUCUCCCCCGUCCUGCAUGAGCUCACCUUCCAGGCCAUGGGCUACGACCUGCUGCCCAUCGAAAACGACGUCUACAAAUACGAGACCAGCGGCAUCGGAGACUCUCGUGAGAAGGAGGUUCUUCUCCAUGAAGACGAUGACCUGUGGGUGAGCCUGAGACACAAACACAUAGCCGAGGUGUCCCAGGAAGUCACACGCCAGCUGAAGGACUUCUCUUCUAGCAAGAGGAUGAACACUGGAGAGAAGACCACAAUGAGGGAUCUGUCCCAGAUGCUGAAGAAGAUGCCUCAGUACCAGAAGGAGCUCAGCAAGUACUCCACCCACCUGCAGCUUGCUGAGGACUGCAUGAAGCAUUACCAAGGAACGGUGGACAAGCUGUGCCGUGUGGAACAGGAUCUGGCCAUGGGCACAGACGCCGAAGGAGAGAAGAUCAAAGACCCCAUGAGGGCCAUCGUUCCCAUUCUGCUGGACGCCAACGUCAGCACGUACGACAAGAUCCGCAUCAUCCUGCUCUACAUCUUCCUGAAGAACGGCAUCACAGAGGAGAACCUGAACAAGCUGAUCCAACACGCUCAGAUCCCUCCUGAGGACAGUGAGAUCAUCACCAACAUGGCUCACCUGGGUGUCCCCAUCAUCACAGACUCCACCCUCCGCCGAGGAAAGAAACUGGACAGGAAGGAGCGUGUGAGCGAGCAGACCUAUCAGCUGUCCCGCUGGACACCACUGGUCAAGGACAUCAUGGAGGAUGCUAUUGAUGAUAAGCUGGACACCAAGCACUACCCCUACAUCUCCACCCGCUCCUCCGCCUCCUUCAGCACCACUGCAGUCAGUGCUCGGUACGGCCACUGGCACAAGAAUAAGACACCUGGCGAGUACCGCACCGGACCACGCGUCAUGGUCUUUGUCAUCGGAGGCGUGUCCUUCAGCGAGAUGCGCUGCGCCUAUGAGGUCACACAGGCCAAUGGGAAGUGGGAAGCCGUCAUUGGUUCCACCCACAUGCUCACCCCCACCAAAUUCUUAUCGGACCUGCAGCACCCCGACUUCCGAGAGUCCACUAGGGUGUCCUUUGAGGACGCAGAGCCCUCAGCCGAGUGAGGCAGAGACAGAUUGGGAGGGAGGGAGAGAGAAAUCACACUGAAAAAAGAUCGACUCACAUCUUCACCCCCACCAGCCUGCUGGAGCAGCUCAAGGCCAUGAACAAACCAGACGAGGAAGUGACAAGCUAAAAUCCUCCCAUCGCAUCUCUCUCCUCCUCACCCCCCCCCCACCCCCCCCGUCUUCCCCUCUUUACCUCCUCAUCUUUCCCUUAAAAACCCCACAGUAAUUGUGUAUGCAUCUUGCUUGAGACGAAAAAAAAAAGACAUCUUAGAUGAUUAAAAAAAAUAUAUGUUGUAACAAAGAAUAAAAUCGUUGCAAGUAUUCUCAUGUUUUACAAUGGAUGCAACUGAAUAAACUUAUUUAAAAAGGUUUAAAUAUCAGAAGAGAAGGCCAUUUAAAACUGAAAGUACCAAAAUCUAAUAUUGUAUGCUAUGAAACCUGCUAGAAUGUGUAAAGGUAGACAUUUUCUCAUGUUUGUUCCUUUGGGUUACCUCCUUAAGUGUGAGUUUUAUCCAAGCGGGUGGAGGAGGGACGUGCAGUUUGAGAGUUUGAUGUUGUAGAAUAUAUCAUAUCAAUCAACAUGCAAUAUAUAUAUAAAUAUAUUUCAUCAAAGAGGACCUCCCCCCCUUGCCCUAUUUGAGGUGUUUGUAUUCAGUAGCAUGCUUGGACUUGUUUGGACUGUUACUGUGUUCGUAUCCAGUUUGGAUGUUCUGGGACCUGCAGAGUUAGAGCUUUGUCAUAAGAAAUUAUGCUUAACCGUUCCACCGAAAACUUAUGUUUGGAGUUUUCAAAAGGAUUUCAGAAUGCACAAAUACUUUUCAAAUCUCCCAAGCAGCAUUAUGCACGACUCAACUGUCCAUUUGUUCUCUCAGAAGUGGAUUUAGAAGAUAUUAUCCAUACAGUUUAAAAUGACAACAAACUGCAGCCUCUGAAAUAAUCCAAAAAAGGGACAUCCAUCUAAAUACUUACUGUACUUUACUGUAGGACCAUUUAAGACUGUAUCAGUUGUAGUUAGGUGUAGAGAGUCCAUAUAUUUUGGAGAAAAAAAAAUGGCUUAAUAUGACUAAAUACUUUCAGUUGGUCACUUUUUGACACUUCUUUGAUAACAAAAAUAGUAACAGUGGAUGUCACAAUUAGCUAUAUUAACUAUGGAACUGUUGUUUAAUUUUUACUGUGAUACAUAGUAUAUUAAAAAUAAAUAUAUCUACCUUAUAUCCAAGAAAAUAAAUGCAUAUAUUUAGUUAAGCACGGUGGAGUCUGUUUCUCGCGAGAUUUAGUGUUUCACGGGAGAACUUGCCCAGAGUACAGCUUAGCCCAGCAGGAAUAUAUUUAGCCAGAUUUUGUCGUAAAUAUGAGUAUUUUUAAAUUAACUGCGGCACAGGUGGACAGUUUUAAAGUGGAUACGCCGCUGUGGGGAGUUGAGAAGUUUCCGUGGGCUUUAUUGAAAAUUACAGCGACGUUUAGCAUUAGCUAGCUGUUAGCCACCAUCUUAGGUUUAGCUAACGACAUUUAGCAUUAGCUAGCCGUGAACUUCAUAACUUUACGCAGCAUUUGGACUCGUAAGAAACGAACAUGAAGCCGCAAAUAUAGGAUUUACUCCAACUGCCUUUCCAACACCUUUGAAAGCUCCUCACGGUGAGUUUUUGCUGCUCUUAAAACAUAAUUUUCCGGUGGAUUGUCCUCCACAAACAGCAGAUGUGGAAAAAAGACAGCUCUGUAAAAAGCCGAGAUUGUAAAGUAUUUACUUUCCACAAACUUUUCCUUUUUCCGGAGAAACUUCACGUUUUAAUGUCAAAGGCCGCUGCUUGCUGAUGUUUAAUGAAUAAUCUUCAAAGGGCCAGUUGUAUUUCAGUAUCGUAUCCUGUCAGAUUAAGUCUUUCAUUGGUUAGUAAUGAUGUUUCAUUGGGCCAUGCACUCAGUAGUGUUGUGUAUCUGCCAUAUGUUGCUGUUUUAGCGUCUCACUGUUGACUGGUGAUAUUUCUGACUGUGAAGUAGUGAAACUUUUCCUUUAAAAAAAAAUGCCAAUGUGAAGCCGCUGUGUUUGUGAUGUUGUAGCUGUAGCUGUUAGUUUUCAACUGGGAAAAAACCUAAUAAUAUCUAUAUUUUCUUUGUCUGUUUCCUCCUCUGGUGCAAUGUAAACCCUCCAAUGGUGAAUGGCUUUGCAAAACAAAAUGAAACCCACCCUUUUCCACUUUUAUUUCCGCCCUCCUUCCCUUUUUCCUGGCCAAACAAGAUGUAUAUUGCACUAAAAUGCGUUUUCUGUGAUGCAAACGCUUGACUUUGUGUUUAUUUUUUUUCUAUUAUCAUUUGCUGUUGUAUAGGGUUUACUCUGGCAAAUCAAUUGAUUUAUAUCAAAAUUAUUUAUCAGAGAGAAAAAAAAAUAUUAACUGAAACAUUAGUCUGUCCUAAACCUGUUUAACUUAUUGGGAUUGUAUGUUUGCGAGUGUUGAAGCACAAACAAUACUUCCAUGUGUACCUACUAUGUACUAAGGCUGUCUAAUAAAUUGGCUUCCAUUACA